AUGCACAAACUUUUUCCCGAUUUCCAUUGUGACAUACAAUUUGAUUCUGAUAAUUUGGACCAUCAAAAUAAUGAGACAAAUAAAAAUUUUGAACCAAGUCUCAAGAAACAAAAAAACAGGCAACAUGCAUUAACAGCCGGAUAUUAUAAUAACGAAGAGAAAGAUGUUCAAAUAUACGAAUUUGUUCCAUUUGAAGAAACCGAAAUUGAAAAUAUUGCAACCCAUGAUAUUUUGUCAAUACCUGAUCAGGAAUUUGAUUAUCAGAGUAAAAGAUGUCCACCUACAGGCCUACAAAAACCUAUAAAUCCAAAACUGCUCCCAAAAAUAGAAGCCUCUUCUGCCAGUAAAACAGUAAACACAUCUGCAGGUGGAACCAAUAAAAACAAAAUCCCUCGUUCUGAUAGAAGGAGACCUGUUGGAGGGUUGCGUGCUCUAACAUCUUCGGAUGUUGGAGAAAAAUACAAUAUAUUAUUGGAUAACAGAUUAGUUUUAGUAGAAAAACAGCUAGAACAGAUCAUAGAGUCAAAAACUUUUGCUCAGGAGGAGCAUAGACAAAAAAUUAAAAUUUUAAGAUUAGAAGAAGAGAAUUUAAGAUUGGAAAAAGAAGAAAAGCUUUUAAAAGUAGAGCUGCUAAAAAGUAAAAUUCAGCUAGAACGUAUUUAA